GUAUUAAUUAAUUUUAUAAUAAGUAAGGGAUAAGAGGAUAUCCUUUAUUAAAAAUGUGGGUUGCUUGUAGAAUUUAAAUCUGGACUUUAAUAUGAUUAGUAUAAUAAGGUUACGCUAAGUAUCUGGAGAUAUGAUAAGCUGUAUAUGAAAACGAGACCCUUGGGGAAGCCACGUGUCAAAUCUGUUUCUGUCACCAGCGAAGCCUACGUGGCGAGCAGCUCCUAGAUAUAUCGAAGUUCACAAUUUUUUUUUUUUUCUUUUCCCUCUGAUUCACAACAGUUGUCACAAACAGCCAAAGGUGUUUUGUGAUUGGUUAUAAAUACUCUGCUAUGUGAGAGAGUUUACUACAUUCACAAAUAAAAUAAAACUUAAAAAUGGGGAGGGUUGAGUUUUUGGCCAUGAAGACUGAGGAGAACACGGCGAACCUGAUCAAUUCUGAUCUGAAUGAGUUCGUCGCAGCCGCGAAAAAGCUCGUGAAAGAUGUAGGGAUGCUCGGCGGGUUAGGCUUUGGCACGUCUUUCCUUCAAUGGGCCGCUUCAAUCUCGGCCAUUUAUCUGUUGAUAUUGGAUCGCACCAACUGGAGAACCAAAAUGUUGACUACCCUUUUAGUGCCAUACAUUUUUUUCACACUUCCUUCGGUUAUCUUUCAGUUCUUUAGCGGAGAUUUUGGGAAAUGGAUUGCUCUCAUCGCGAUCACAAUCAGGCUUUUCUUCCCUAAAGAAUUUCCAGAUUGGCUAGAGAUUCCGGCAGGAUUAAUUCUUCUUAUAGUGGUUGCACCGAGCCUCAUAGCUUGGACACUAAGAGAAAGUUGGGUUGGGGCAGUAAUAUGUCUUGUAAUAGCAUGUUACCUUUUCCAUGAACACAUUAAAGCUUCUGGUGGAUUCAAAAACUCAUUUACUCAGAAGAAUGGAAUCUCCAAUACCAUUGGGAUCGUUGCUCUCCUCGUUUAUCCGGUCUGGACCAUAUUUUUUCACAUCUUCUAAGUCAAUACCAUUGGCUUGUAGACUCUUUCAACAUUUUGUGUCUUCAAUUCAUUUUCAAGGUUUGAAUUGUUUAUGGCUUUAUAAAAAGCAUUUGUGUUUGAGAAAUCUUGAAUAUAAAAAAAGAAAUUUCAAUUGUACUGACUUGUAAUAUUGUUUUUUUCUUGUAAUUGUGUGACUUGUAAGAUUUAUGAGUUUGUAUAUUGGUUGGUGUGUUGAAUGAGAUCUUGAAUAUUCUCGACUAUUU